AUGAUUCUCAAAAUGGAUGAUUACCCAGAGCUUUCUGUCUGGGUCAGCCAAGAACCAUUUCCAACUAAGGAAAUGGAGGGAAGGCUUCCUAAGGGAAGACUUCCUGUCCCGAAGGAAGUGAACCGCAAGAAGGACGAAGAGCUGGAGGCUGCCUCCCUGACUCCACUUGGCAGCGAUGAACUCUGCCCCCCGAGCAUCUGUUACCUCCACUCUUUUUAA